UUCCCCCUUCCUCCUUCCCAAAAUCCCCAUCUCCUCCUCCUCUUCUUCUUCCCUAAUCUUUCUCUAUAUAUAUAUAAAUAUCCAACAAAUCAAGGACCCAAAAGCAAAUUUCCAGCUUCCCGUUAACCAAUGAAACCUCAUCACACCGACUCAUCGGCGGCGCCGUCAUCGUCAUCGUCCUCAUCUCCGGCCGCCUCGCCGGACCAACGCCAGAGCUUGCCUCCCUCAUCGGCUACCCCAUCUGGCGCCGCCCCUGAGGAACCCACCCUUCUCCGCGAGGGCGGCGGCCAGGAGUCUGUCUCCGUCGAACGCCGCAGUGACUACUCUGCUGUUUGCCGGUGGACCGUCUCCGGCUUCCCCCGCGUCAAGGCUCGCGCGCUUUGGAGUCGGUACUUUGACGUCGGUGGCUUCGAUUGCCGCCUUCUUGUUUACCCCAAAGGUGACUCGCAGGCUCUUCCUGGUUAUCUCUCUAUCUAUCUCCAGAUCGUUGAUCCUCGGAGCUCGCCGUCGUCGUCCAAAUGGGACUGCUUCGCUAGUUACCGCCUCUCCGUUGUCAACCUCUCCGAUGAUUCCAAGUCCAUCACCCGUGAUUCCUGGCACCGGUUCUCGUCCAAGAAGAAGUCUCAUGGGUGGUGUGAUUUCACGCCCUCCGCUGCUGUUCUUGACCCUCGGUCUGGGUUUUUGAUCAGCCCUUCUGAUUCAAUCCUUAUCACUGCUGACAUCCUCGUGCUCCAUGAGUCGGUGUCUUUCACCCGCGAUGGCGCUGAGGCACUGCAACCUCUUCCUGAUGUUCUGAGUGGCAAGUUUACCUGGAAGGUCCAUAAUUUCAGCCUUUUCCGCGAGAUGAUCAAGACUCAGAAGAUCAUGAGCCCUGUGUUUCCUGCUGGUGAGUGCAAUCUUCGGAUCAGCGUUUAUCAGAGCUCUGUUGCUGGGGUCGAGCAUUUGUCUAUGUGUCUUGAGAGCAAGGACACGGAGAAGGCUGUUGCCCCAGAGCGUAGCUGCUGGUGCUUGUUUAGGAUGUCUGUGCUUAAUCAGCGUCCAGGGCUUAAUCAUGUUCAUCGUGAUUCUUAUGGUCGUUUUGCUGCUGAUAAUAAGGGUGGAGAUAAUACCAGUCUGGGUUGGAAUGACUAUAUGAGGAUGACGGAUUUCAUUGGGUCAGAAGCGGGGUUUCUUGUUGAUGAUACUGCUGUUUUCAGCACAUCCUUUCAUGUGAUCAAAGAGUCUAAUAGCUUCUCAAAAGCACAGUUGGGUGGGAGGGGACUUGGAGGGCAGAGGAAGUCUGAUGGGCACUUUGGCAAGUUCACUUGGAGGAUUGAGAAUUUCACAAAGCUCAAGGACCUCCUCAAGAAGAGGAAGAUCACUGGUCUCUGUGUCAAAAGCCGUAGGUUCCAAAUUGGCAAUCGCGAUUGCCGUCUGAUUGUUUACCCCAGAGGGCAGUCACAGCCACCAUGCCACCUCUCCUUGUUUCUUGAGGUCACUGACUCACGCAACACAACUUCUGAUUGGAGUUGCUUUGUGAGCCAUCGUCUCUCAGUAGUGAACCAGAAGAUGGAGGAUAAAUCUGUGACGAAGGAAUCACAGAAUCGCUACUCCAAAGCUGCAAAGGACUGGGGCUGGCGUGAGUUUGUAACCCUGACCAGUCUCUUUGAUCAGGAUUCUGGGUUUCUAGUGCAGGACACUGUUAUCUUCUCUGCCGAGGUUCUUAUACUGAAGGAGACUUCAAUAAUGCAAGAAUUAACUGACCAAGAAACUGAAUAUAGCAAUGCAGGUUCAGUUUCUUCUAUUGAUGCCAUUUGUAAGAGAGGUUCAUUCACCUGGAAGGUAGAAAAUUUCUUAUCCUUCAAAGAGAUUAUGGAAACUCGAAAAAUCUUCAGCAAGUUCUUUCAAGCUGGUGGUUGUGAGCUGCGAAUAGGUGUUUAUGAGUCAUUUGACACAAUAUGCAUUUAUUUGGAGAGUGAUCAGUCUGCAGGGAGUGAUCCAGAAAAGAACUUUUGGGUCCGUUACAGGAUGGCUGUGGUUAAUCAGAAGAAUCCUGCCAAGACUGUCUGGAAGGAGUCUUCCAUCUGUACAAAGACAUGGAACAAUUCAGUUCUUCAGUUUAUGAAAGUCUCAGAUAUGCUAGAGGCUGAUGCAGGAUUUCUUGUUCGUGACACUGUAGUUUUCAUCUGUGAGAUCAUAGAUUGCUGUCCUUGGUUUGAAUUUUCUGAUCUGGAGGUUUUGGCUUCAGAGGAUGAUCAAGAUGCAUUAUCAACAGAUCCAGAUGAACUUGUUGAUUCUGAAGACAGUGAAGGGAUUAGUGGGGAUGAAGAGGAUAUGUUCCGAAACCUUCUGUCUCGGGCAGGUUUUCAUCUUACAUAUGGAGAUAACCCAUCUCAGCCCCAGGUUACUUUAAGGGAAAAGCUCCUUAUGGAUGCGGGCGCAAUUGCUGGAUUUCUGACAGGUUUACGUGUAUAUCUUGAUGAUCCUGCUAAGGUGAAGCGAUUGCUUCUUCCAACAAAACUUUCAGGGAGUAAUGGGGGUAAGAAAGAUGCCACGAGGGUUGAUACAAAUUCCCCAAGCCUAAUGAAUUUGUUGAUGGGUGUUAAAGUAUUGCAGCAAGCUAUCAUUGAUUUGCUCCUCGAUAUAAUGGUUGAGUGCUGUCAAUCUUCAGAUGGCAGAACGAGCUAUGAUUCUUCUGAUACAAGCUCAAAACCUUCUCCUGAUUCUAUUGAAGCUAGCACUCCUACUGAGCCCAGUGGGGACCCUGAAGCAACAGAGUUUGCACAAUAUCAGGUGUACCAGAGAUUGGAAGCUGGAAUUAGUGAAAUUUCCCAGGCUUAUGCUGUACAGAGUUCUGACCUGAAUACAAAUGAAAUACCUGGUAAGACUAACCCUGUACAGCCUAUUUUUCCUCCAGAGACAUCUGCCGGGGAUCUUUCUGCAGAUGAUAGUUUUGUUCGAACAUCCAAGACAAAAUGGCCGGAGCAGUCAGAGGAGCUACUGGGAUUGAUUGUGAAUUCGCUGAGAGCCCUUGACAGUGCUGUGCCGCAAGGAUGUCCUGAACCAAAGAGAAGGCCUGAGUCUGUCCAAAAGAUUGCGCUAGUGUUAGAUAAAGCACCAAAACAUCUUCAGCCAGAUUUAGUUGCUCUGGUGCCAAAGCUGAUUGACCAGUCUGAACAUUCACUGGCAGCUUGUGCUCUUCUAGAUCGCCUUCAAAAGCCAGAUGCUGAGCCCUCAUUGCGAUUACCAGUUCUCAGUGCUCUAAGUCAAUUGGAAUUUGGCAGUGAGGUUUGGGAACGUGUUCUAUUUCAAGCUUUUGAAAUUUUGACCGAUUCUAAUGAUGAACCCCUGGUAGCAGCUAUGAGUUUUGUUUUCAAAGCUGCAUCACAGUGCCAGCAUCUUCCUCAAGCCGUCAGAGCUGUUCGUUCGAGGUUGAAAAGUUUGAGUGCAGAAGUCCCACACUGCGUGUUGGAUGUUCUCACAAAAACAGUGCAUACAUGGCCAGAUGUAGCAGAGGCCAUUUUACGAGAUAUUGACUCUGAUUGUGACCUUGAUGGGCUUUCUGGUGAAGUGAUUAAUAUGGGGGAGGAGCAACAGAUUCCGCAAGCAUGCCUUCAUAUGUCUGAUGUUUACAUCUUGAUAGAGAUGUUAUCUAUACCUGGCAUAUUUGUUGAAGUUUCAAAGGUUUUAGAGAAAGCUGUGCUAAGAGGAAAUAUUGAACUGCAAUCAGUAGCUAUGGUAUUGGAAAGACGUCAUAGGUUAGGUCUUAAAUGUAGGUCUAUAGAUGAUUCACCAAACAAACAAAUCUUGAUAGAUGGAAAAACUGACCCGCUUCCUGUUCAAGAAGAUGAUUUUACAUCGAUUCUUGCAUUAGGUGAAGUAUUUUCUCUGUCUAGGGAUGCUCGUGUACAGGACUUUGUGAGAAUGUUAUAUGCGAUCAUGUUCAAAAUAUACUCUGAGGAUCACUAUCGGGUACGGAUGCUCAAGGGGCUGGUUGACCGUGCAAUGAAUACUUCAGAUAGUUGUAGGCUAGUUGAUAUAGAUAUGGACGUCCUGGUAUUUCUUGUUCGCGAAGAAGAUGAAGUUGCAAGGCCUGUUCUAAAUAUGAUGAGGGAGGUUGCUGAAGUUUCUCAAGGUCAACGUGCUGCUCUUUGGCACCAGAUUUGUGCCAUUGAAGAUGAAAAUAUUCGUAUUCAAGAGGAAAGACAAGCAGAGCUUGCGAAUUUUACUCAAGAGAAAGCCCUCUUAAUGCAAAGGCUAACUGAAUCAGAGGCAACCGCUAGUCGUAUUAAGUCUGAGUUAAAAGCUGAAACAGAUCGAUUUGCUCGGGAAAAGAAGGAACUCUCUGAGCAAAUUCUGGAGAUUGAGAGUCAACUUGAGUGGGUUCGUUCAGAGAAAGAUGAGGAAAUUAUGAAGCUUUCUGCUGACAAGAAAGUUCUUCAAGACCGCCUUCAUGAAGCAGAUGCACAACUUUUACAAUUAAAAUCUCGAAAACGUGAUGAGUUAAAGAGGGUAUUAAAAGAAAGGAAUGCCUUAGCUGAACGACUAAAAAAUGCAGAAGUCGCUAGAAAAAGAUUUGAUGAAGAACUAAAACGCUAUGCAACAGAGACGGUGACCCGAGAGGAGGUUAGACAAUCACUGGAAGAUGAAAUUCGUAGACUGACGCAAACAGUUGGACAAACUGAGGGGGAAAAACGGGAAAAAGAGGAGCAAGUUGCUAGAUGUGAAGCCUAUAUUGAUGGAUUGGAAUCAAAAUUGCAGACAUGCCAGGAGUACAUCCAAACACUUGAGGCUUCAUUAGGAGAAGAAAUGUCCCGUCAUGCCCCGCUCUAUGGUGUAGGCUUGGAAUCCUUGUCAAUGAGCGAGCUUGACACACUCUCGCGCAUUCACGAGGAUGGUCUGAGACAAAUCCAUUUGAUAACUCAACAAAGGAAAGGUAACAACAAUCCCCUGGUGAGCGGACACCCUCUCCCGCACUCUUCUGGUUUAUAUUCUUCUGCUCCGCAAGUAGCUGUUGGAUUACCACCUUCGAUGAUCCCUACCGGCAUGGGAGCCCAUGGAAAUGGGCAUAUCUGGGCACAUGGUUCAGCCCCACCUAGAUAGAAAGUAAAUCAAUUCUAUGCAAUUGACAUUUUUAAUAUUUCCCGGGCCUUUUCUCUUUUUUAUCAGCUGCCAAGUAUUUCAUAUGAUCGCUUUUCUUCCCUGGUUCAUCUUUUUUUAUUUGAACUGGUAGAACUAUUGGCUUGUUACCUGAGGAGAAGUGUUGUCAUAUAAAUAAGAUGGAGAUUAAAAGAAGAAAGGAGAAAAAGAAAAAAAGAAAACAAACAAACAGAGAGGAUGAUUUUGUAAUAAUUGUAUGCGGAAUUGAGGUUAGAUCCGAUGAAGCUAGCGGUUGCAAAUGAGAAGCUUUUGAAACAAUGUUUGCUGGCGAGGAAAGCUGGUUCCCCAACCCCUUUUGUUGUCAAUGCUCUUUGUUCUUGGAAAGGAAAUGUAUGGAACACCAAAUGUGAUUGAAUCGUUAUAAUAUCGCCUUUUGCCUGCUUUUUUUGCAA